GGCUCCCGAUCGUGGGGAGCAUGGCAGCGUCUUCGGGUGCGGAGAAGGACAAGGAGCGGCCGGGCGGCAGCUCCGCCGCAGUCGGCGGUAACAGCACACGCGAGCGGCUCUUGUCUGCGCUGGAGGAUCUGGAGGUCUUAUCGAGGGAACUUAUAGAAAUGCUGGCUAUUUCAAGAAACCAGAAGCUAUUACAGCCUGGAGAGGAAAACCAGAUCCUGGAGUUGUUAAUUCACAGAGAUGGGGAAUUUCAAGAACUAAUGAAAUUGGCACUUAAUCAGGGAAAAAUCCAUCACGAAAUGCAAGUUUUAGAGAAAGAAGUCGAGAAGAGAGACAACGAUAUUCAGCAACUACAGAAACAGCUAAAGGAGGCAGAGCAGAUACUAGCAACAGCUGUUUACCAAGCGAAAGAAAAACUCAAAUCAAUAGAAAAGGCGAGAAAAGGUGCUAUCUCAUCUGAAGAAAUCAUUAAAUAUGCACAUAGGAUUAGUGCAAGUAAUGCAGUGUGUGCCCCACUGACCUGGGUUCCAGGGGACCCACGGAGACCAUACCCGACAGAUUUAGAGAUGAGAAGUGGAUUGCUGGGCCAGAUGAACAACCCUUCCACGAAUGGUGUGAAUGGACAUUUACCAGGAGAUGCCCUGGCGGCAGGCAGAUUGCCAGACGUCCUUGCUCCUCAGUACCCCUGGCAGUCCAGUGAGCUGUCCAUGAAUAUGCCGCCGCCAAACCACAGCACUGAUUUCUUGUUGGAACCGCCUGGGCACAAUAAAGAAAAUGAAGAUGACGUCGAGGUCAUGUCAACAGACUCCUCAAGCAGUAGUAGUGAUUCUGAUUAAAAUUAACAUAAAAGACAAACAUUGCACAGAAAUAAAUUCUGUGGAACUGUUCCUUAAAUAGCAGAGGGCUAUCAGCUGUAAACCGCUAGGGAUAGCCAGUUAAUGGCUACUGGGAAGUCUUACAACCUACUAAGAUCAUAGGGGACUUUGUGGUGUUUUUCUAAGUGAAAAUCUUAAUCCAGGUAAGCACUGGUGAGGAGUAAUCAGCAUUUCCUAUUGAGGGAACAGCACAUCUACUCGGGUCACUGCUUGCUUCCCCUGCUCCGUGCCAGGUGUGCUGGCAGCACUGCGCGCAGACUUGAGGAAAUGGUUUCUUGUACAUAGUCAACAUGGAACUCUAGAAAGGCAUUAAAACACAGCAGUGAUGACAAUGUCAGAUAAAAACCUUUCUUUGAAAGUGAAGGCUUAUUUAUUUGCUUUUGUUUCAGGAAAAUUGUCCUGGUGUUUCUGUUUGUAAUUGUAAUUUUGUAAAUAACUUUUGUUAAAUAUACCUUCAUGUAAGGAAAUAAUUUCUGUAAAUCUAGUUACAUUUUAUACAUACUGAAGCAGAAUUCUAGACUGGGAAUAAACAUGAUGAAAGAAA